AUGAAAUUAAACCAAGUUUUCCCUUACGCAGUGCUUAUCUUCAUUUUUUUCAUAAAUUUGAUACAAGAAAACAGAAAUGUAUUAUGCGAGAGCAAUGAAGGUGGCAAAGUUGAAGAAAACGACAAUUUAAAGAAUGACGAAUUGAAGAAUGACGAAUUGAAGAAUGUCGAAUUGAAGAAAGAUAAAGACAGUAUUCCUGAAAUAUCAGAAAGUGAGAAACCUACGUCAGGUAUUGAGCAGCAUCAGUAUCAAACGGAAGUAACAAGGUUAAUGGAUAUAAUUGUCAAUUCGUUGUAUACACAGAAAGAGGUGUUCUUGAGGGAAUUAAUUUCCAAUGCAGCAGAUGCUUUAGAAAAAAUUCGAUUUAUGUCUUUAUCUGAUGAAAAUGUAUUGGGAGAUGAGAAAAAACUUGAAAUAAGGAUAUCAGCCAAUAAGGAAAAGAAUAUUUUGUCCAUUACAGAUACAGGUAUAGGUAUGACUAAGGAGGACUUAAUUAAUAACCUAGGAACCAUUGCCAAGUCAGGUACAUCUAACUUUUUGGAAGCUAUAUCUAAAAGCGGUGGUGAUAUGAGUUUGAUUGGUCAGUUUGGUGUUGGAUUCUAUUCAGCUUUUCUAGUUGCAGACAAAGUUAUUGUGUACACAAAAAAUAAUAAUGAUGAUCAAUAUAUAUGGGAAUCGACAGCUGAUGCGAAAUUUUCAAUUUAUAAAGAUCCCAGAGGAUCAACCUUAAAAAGAGGAACAAGAAUUUCGUUACAUCUGAAGGAUGACGCAACAAAUCUGAUGAAUGAUAAGAAGUUGGUGGAUUUAAUUUCCAAGUAUAGUCAAUUUAUUCAAUACCCAAUUUAUUUAUUACAUGAAAAUGUGUAUACAGAAGAAGUACUUGCAGAUAUUGCUAAAGAAAUGGUAAAUGAUCCCAAUUAUGACAGUGUGAAAGUGGAAGAAUCUGAUGACCCAAAUAAAAAGACAAGGACAGUAGAAAAAAAGGUAAAGAAAUGGAAAUUAAUGAAUGAACAGAAACCAAUUUGGUUAAGAUCUCCAAAAGAAUUAUCAAAUGAUGAUUAUAAAAAAUUCUUUAGUGUACUAUCAGGAUAUAAUGAUGAACCUCUAUAUCAUAUUCACUUUUUUGCUGAAGGAGAAAUUGAAUUUAAGUGUUUAAUUUAUAUUCCUUCAAGAGCCCCUUCAAUAAAUGAUCAAUUAUUUACAAAACAAAAUUCAAUAAAAUUGUAUGUGAGAAGAGUGUUAGUAGCAGAUGAAUUUGUUGAUUUUCUUCCAAGAUACAUGAGCUUCAUAAAAGGAGUUGUGGAUAGUGAUGAUUUACCACUCAACGUGUCAAGAGAACAGCUACAACAAAAUAAAAUUCUAAAAGCAGUUUCAAAAAGAAUAGUGAGAAAAAUUUUGGACACGUUUCGUAAUUUAUACACAGAAGGAAAGAAAAAUAAAGAGAAUCUAAGAGCUGAAUUAGCAAAAGAGACAGAUGAAGAGAAAAAAAAAGAAAUACAAAAAAAAAUUAAUGAACCAAGUACGUACAAAUUAAUUUAUAAAGAAUACAGAAAAUAUUUAAAAAGUGGAUGUUAUGAAGAUGAUAUUAAUAGAUCCAAAAUUGUUAAAUUACUUUUAUUUAAAACAAUGCUAUAUCCAAAAAGUAUUUCUUUAGAUACAUAUGUAGAAAAUAUGAAACCUGAUCAAAAAUUUAUUUACUACGCAUCAGGGGAAUCAUAUGAAUAUUUAUCCAAAAUUCCACAGUUGCAAAUUUUUAAGAAAAAAAAUAUCGAUGUUGUGUUUUUAACAGAAUCAGUUGAUGAAUCUUGUAUUCAAAGAGUACAAGAAUAUGAAGGUAAAAAAUUUAAAUCAGUUCAAAAAGGAGAAAUUACAUUUGAUUUAACAGAAGAAGAAAAGAAAAAAGAAGAAAAAGUAAAAAAAAUGUACAAAGCAUUAAUUGAUGUCAUAUCGGAUACUUUAAGAAACCAAAUUUUUAAGGUUGAAAUAUCGAGACGAUUAGUUGAUGCACCGUGUGCUGUUGUAUCAACCGAAUGGGGAUUAUCAGGACAAAUGGAAAAAUUAAUGAAAAUAAAUGUAAACAAUUCAGACCAAAUCAGAGCAAUGAGUGGACAAAAAAUUUUAGAAAUUAAUCCAGAUCACCCAAUUAUGAUCGAUUUAUUAAAAAGAUCUGUAACAAACCCGAAAGAUACUCAAUUAACAGAAAGUAUUAAAAUUAUUUAUCAGUCAGCCAAAUUAGCAUCUGGUUUUGAUUUGGAAGAUACUGCAGAUUUAGCACAAAUUGUUUACGACCAUAUUAAUCAAAAAUUGGGAGUAGAUAACAACCUCAAAAUUGACGAUUUGGAUCCUGCUAUUUUUGAGACAAAAAAAAUGGAAAAUGAGGAUUCUUCAGAUAGUCAGAAGUUUGAUGAAGAGAUAAACAUUGACGAUGAGAUACAGAAGCAAGAUACCACCCCUGCUACAGAAUCUACUCCUAAGAACGACGAAUUAUGA